AGAUUCAUGGAUGUUCCACCUCGUCCUUGGCCACGACUCCGGCUUUUGAUCCGGCGAAUGAGCUCGUUGAAUAAAGCUCUGGUCGAUAAUAUCAAGUCUUCUCGGUAGGAACAAACGACUUGUGUAGAUACUCACAAUAUCUUCAACACUCGCCGUCGACUUUCAUGCAUAACCACCUCCGUCUAUUUCGUCGUUCCUUUCAUCAUCUGAUUCUUCUUCAGCAUGCAUCAAUCCGUUUUCGUUGCCCUCGCUUGGUCCCUGGCCGCCGCGACGCAAGUCGCCACAGAGCUGAGUGUGAGGAUUGUUUACCAAUUCGCAUCGAACGACACUUGGCUGGAGAAUAUUGCCGUUCGAUCAAAUGGCAUCAUCCUCACAACUGAAAUUGGGCCACCUGCAAGGCUUCUGGCAUUCAACGCAAACGAGGCGAAUCCAGAGAAGCAAGUCUUGGUGACUUCUGACACGGUACUAGGACUGUCUGGUAUCAGUGAAGGUGCUCAUGAUGUCUUCUAUGUCACGGGCGCAAACACAACUUCGGACAAUAUAGAGGAUCCUCCUACGAACGCUACCUAUGUGUGGGAGGUUGAUUUUACCCAGAAUGCAACGCUGCCUGCCAUGGAGGAUGAUUUGAUAAUUGACAUCAACGGUAUCAAAGUCAAAGACGGGUACCUAGCAAAGCUGUACUCGAAUGUCACGGCCGGCGUUGGGAAAGUCAUUGUCAACGCUUCACCUUUGGAUGACUUUGUCAUCGCACCCGACGGAUUCAGACUUAACACUACUCUUGGCAAUAGCACCAAGUAUGCCUAUGCUGCCACCGCAGCUGAAAACUCGAUUUUGCAAAUCAGCUUCAAUAAAGCUGGAGGGACGAAUCAGACAGCUAUUGUUGCGGGUGAUGUCGAUUCAACUGAGAUUGCUGAGCCUACCGGAACUGCCUUCGGUCGUGGUGAGGGACAGCUGAAUAAGCUCUAUGUCGCUACUGGAGGUGGCAGUGGAGUGAAUGUCGACGCGGAUGGGGUUGAAACUGCUGUUGGCGCGCAACUGCUUGAGAUACAGCUCAGCUAG